GCCUACUGUUAUAAACGUUGCUAGGAUACGGAAUUCUGGAAGCGCUGCUAAAACACCGUGUUGAAUUUUUUAGAUAUCCAGAGCAGACGUGGUUGAAUCAAGAGAUUAAAAAAUGCAUAACAGCUUCAUAAAGUAAGUUUUGUCCAUUAGGAAUGGCUGCACCUAACCUUUAUAAACUGGAUGAUGGAGCAAGCUUCCCAACUAACUGCUUCCCUGCCAGGACAUUAUUUCGACAACAAGAAGAAGGUGCUGGCCAUUGGCUUGUUGCACAUAGAGCUUCUGAGGACCAAAAAUACAGAGCUGGGAAAACUGGCAACCAGUCAAACACAAAAGUAAGACCACAAGAUCAGUUACAGGGCUUCCAGUCCAGCCUGCCUCUGGCAACCACUAAAUCAGCCUUGAAGGAGAACAUAUUGGAUGGAUUCUUCUUGAUGAAACUUCAUUAUGUGGAGGAUGCAUCUGACCUGUGCUCUGUUGAUAUUAGUGACAAGAACCUAGAGUUGGCUAAAGAAGAAGAUUUUGAAAUGUUUGACAAUGUUGCCUAUAUUAAUGCUGCAGGAAACCUUUUGACUUUUGAGCCUUUCAGAAAAUUUCCAAUCUUAAGAGAACUUGAGCUGUCAGUCAAUGGCCUCCGUAAUUUGAAAGUCAAUGUUGGAGAUUUUCCGCAUUUGGAGGUGUUGGACCUUUCCUACAAUAACUUGACCUCAGAUGAUGUUCUGUCCCUGGGUCUGUGUCCAUGUCUCCGAGUGCUUUAUCUGACUGGGAAUGGGCUGCACUCUCUUCCUCCUGAUGUGACUGCCUCAGAGCUGAAUGCUGAUCUAUUUCCACGGUUUCGGUCUCUUAGCAUCUUGAUGCUAGAUGACAACAAGCUAUCUCACCCAGGAAUAUUUGCAAGCCUUGCGAACUUGAAAAGUUUGAAGUACUUAAACCUGGAUAAAAAUGGCAUCACUGAGGUCCCUUACCUGCAGAAGAUGGAUCAAUACAAUUACGUUUGCAGUCCUGUCUCGGAAAAACAGGGCGGAUUUGAGAGGCUGCAGCCCAGACAAAAACUGAAACACGGGAAAGGUCUGAUCACAGACCUAAAGAGAAUGGACAAACCUUUAACAAUUGCAGAUGGAGAUGUUAGCAUAGCAGAUACUGAUUUUUCUCCACACUUUUCAUUACCUCAAAAUGAUAUGGGCAAUAUUCAGGGGGUCCCAUACAUGGAUGGAGAUUUUAAAUUACCCCUUGGCCUGGGGACUGAAUCUGUGAGGGAGUUCCAACCCCCUCUGCCUGAACUAAGAUGCCUCAGUCUGGCCAACAAUAAGAUCACAGAGGAAGAGGCCCUAGUAGCUGUUGCUCUCUUUCCAUCCCUGAAUGAACUUGUGAUCUGUGGAAACCCUCUCACCACCCAAAAGAGUGGUGACCCUCCAUUACUGACCAGCUUACUCCAGCACAAACUGGGCAUACAGAUACAGAGGAAAAGGGCAGACAGAAUGGAGAAGCCACACGUCGUGUUGCCUGUUAACCCUAAACGAAAGGUUAAAACCAAGAUCCCAAAGGUCCCAAAACAGCCCCUAUUUUUACAAGCCUCUCCUGACUCUCUCUUAUUCAAGCUUGGAUAUCUCAAUACAAAACAGGAAGCAGCAGUAUCUCAUAAGGGUCAAAAAGUAUCAGAAUAUAAGCCAAUUCCACCAAUUCCAGCUCCUCCACAAGGGAAAGGUCAGGAAACUCAGGAACCAGAACAGGACCCGGAAAGCUAUUGGGAUAGAAUGCCAGGAGAAGAGCAAGAGAGAGGCAAACUGACAACUGAUGACCAGAAUGUAGAGGCAUUCUUUAUGACUCAGGUAAAUGAUCAUCCCAAAUCAGACAAGGAGGAGGUACUUGAGAGCAAAAAUCAGAAUUUGAAGCACGUUUCUGUGCCAGACAAAUAUAAGGGGUUUGAAGAACUUCUGGAUGCAAGGCCAGAUCCGGAGUUCAUUGAGCCUGUUGGAAUUCAGCAGAACGUCAGAGCACUGGAACGUGCAUUAAAGAAUCUCCUUGUUUACAGAGACUCUAAAGCUAGAUUGGAUUGUCUUCAGAAACCCUACAUGCCAAGGGAGAAAAAGCUGGGGAGACCGACAACUCCACCACCUAGGAAAAGCAAAGCAGAGAAAGUUGAAGAAUUACUAACCAAAGUCAAGGACAGGAAAACAACAAGUGAAGUUCCAUUAGCAACCAUUCUACGAGACAAAAGGUCCCAAAAGAAGGAAUACGAUGAGGCUCUGGGUUUACUAAAGGAACUGCAGAAAAAGUAUGUAAAACUUCACACUGCUGCAGUAGAAAGUGCGGCUCAGAUUGAGAAUCAGAAUCAGGAGGCUCUGCAUGAAAUCAACAAAAGGAAGACUGAAAUAAACCAAAACUCAUCAGGCUAUUUCCAACAUUGAAAUGUGCGGCCUACUUGGGGCGCUGUUCAGGAUUAGAGGAAAAAAAUCAAUUAAAAAAAAUACUGCAAUCAAACUGAUAGCAUGUUGAUUCUGUUACAAAAAAAGAUAUAAUUAAAAGACGUUCCACUUUCUUGUGUUUAAAACAGGACUGGUGUACCAAAACAUUAACCUUUCCUACAGUAGUUUUUCUUAUUAGAAUUCCCAUAACAUUAAUAAUUAUUAAAAAAAAAAUACUAUGUUUUUGUUAAAAAAUAAUGUUUUUGUUAAAGCCAUUCACAUCCUCUCAGAUCAUUUGUUAUACACUUUCUUCAUAGGGCACCCAAGGUUAGUUUGCUUUUCCUGAAAUGGGGUCCACCAUUACUUCACUAUAGCUCUUUACAAUACAAUAUGUACCGUUUGUGAAAAUAAAACAAAACCCAAUUUGAUUAAGUAAGGAACUUAAGUUAAUUAUUACUAGUUACAUAAUAGUACUGUCUGUGUGUUAUAUGUCUAUUUAGCAGCAUAGUACAACUACUAUGCAAUGCUCAAAUGCAAUGACAUUACAAACUAGGCUGAGGACUUACAUAUUCGUCAU